AUGAAGUUGUUGUUGCGUUACUGCCUUCUCCAUUUCCUUUUUGUGGCUCCACUACUGCUGGCGUCUCUCUCAGAUACGUUUGUAAAUGGGUUUGUACAUCCAGCCAACACGGCAGUCAACAAUCUGCGAAGAGACAAGGAUAUCGUUGGCAAUCGCAUCCAACGGAUCCUUGGCGGGGUCCAGUAUGGCAGCAGACCAAUUCUCCUCUCUACCUUGUCGCCACAACCAAAAGAAGAGAUCGAGACGCUGCCAUACAAUUGGAAAGACCAGUGGUAUGCGCUGACUUUUGCUUCCCACGUGCUGAAUCCUUCUGAAACGGCCGAGGUGGUCCCUGCGGCAGUCUUUGGCCAGCCUCUGGUGCUGUGGCGCUCGGAAGAUGGCGGCCACAUUCACUGUGCGGACGAUGUCUGUCCUCAUCGGGCUGCUGCUUUAUCAGAAGGAAGGACACGAGACGGAAAGCUCGAGUGCUAUUACCAUGGCUGGCAAUUUGAUGGCAAGGAGAAAGGGGCUUGCUCGUUCAUUCCACAACUGUCGACUGGUGCUCAGAUUCCCAAAGCUGCCUGUCUGAAAAUGCGCGAAUGUCGGGUUGUAGAAGGCAUUGUCUGGGUCUGGAUGGGAGAUGGCAGCUCAGAACCCACCAAGGAGGUUCCAGCCCAAAAUGACGAAUUGGAUCAACUUACUGGUCAACGAAAUGGCUUUUUGGUCAACGACUUCCAAAUAGACUUGCCCUACGAUCACAGCUAUCUUGUGGAGAAUUUGAUCGAUCCUGCCCACAUUGAUAUCAGCCAUGACAGAACACCAGGUGGUGGCCGGCGGGAACGAGCUGAAGCCUAUGAUAUGAUUGUGGACAAGGAAUCGGUUUCACCCGAUGGAUUUACCGGACGGUACCGAGUGGAAUCACAAGCCAAGAAAGAUGGACCCUACAUUGAAGUACAAUACCAAGCACCUGGUAUUGUCAGGCAACGAGGGUUUCCAUUGGGAGCAAAUAGUACUGUUUAUUUUGGUGUCGCCUUGCAUUGCAUGCCGCUGGCUUUGGGUAGAUCGAGGCUGCUGUUUCGAGCCUACUUUGGAGGAUUACCAAAGCUCUUGAUGUUCAUACUCAGCUCGAAGCCUGCCUUUCUGCGCCAUUUGAAUUCGUGCAAAGUACUGGAACAGGAUGCAGGACUCAUCACCACGCAAGAAGACCACUUUAAACGACAACCCAAUCAUCAGAUCAAAGACGAUUUCCUCAUGCUAGACUCGUCUGAUGCUUUUGUCAAAGCGUAUAGACAGUGGAUGGAUCAGGUAGGUCAUGGCAUGCCCUGGUUUCAAGGAUUAGCUAAAAGGUCGGUCAAUGUCGAUGAUCAUUUGACUGGCUUUGUCGGCCCGCCAGCAUUGGACCCCAUGUUUCAUCGAGCUGGGAAUCACAUGGAGACACGUUAUCAUCGGCAUGUGGUGCACUGUCCUGCGACCCGCAAUGCUCUGGCUAGGGUUCAAAAACUCAAGCGAAUCAUGUUGGGGCUGGCAGUUCUCUCCGUCACUCUUUCCUGUGGUACGGCUCCCUUGGUAGGUUCUAGUAGCACUGGUUCAGCGUUGAGUCCAAAGAUGUUGAGCAUGGCGAAGCAUGCCCUGAAGAUACUUGUACCGUUCAUACCGGCAUCGUGUCUGGCGUCCGCCUUAUUGCAUCGACUCGAGCAAGCAUUCUUUGUGAGCUUCAAGCGCAAGGAACAAAUGAGGACGGAGAAGGGUAUCUAG